CAGCAGUGCCGCCCUCCCCUGUCAGCCUUUAUUGCCGCUCAGUGUGCGGUCCCCGGGUGUCUCCAGCUGUCAGUGCCCGCACACUCGUCUCUAAUCUCCGGCAGCCGCAGCAUUACCAUGGCGGAUUAUCACAAGCCCGACCAGCAGACCCUGCAGGCGCUGAAGGACACGGCCAACAGGCUCCGCAUCCUGUCCAUCAAGGCCACGACCGCAGCCGGCUCCGGACACCCAACAUCAUGCUGCAGCGCAGCUGAAAUUAUGGCGGUCUUGUUUUUCCAUACAAUGAAGUACAAGCCUCAGGAUCCCAAGAACCCCAACAACGAUCGCUUUGUCAUGUCUAAGGGUCAUGCAGCUCCGAUCCUGUACGCAGCCUGGGCAGAGGCCGGUUUUCUGCCCGAGUCAGAGCUGUUGAACUUGAGGAAACUUGACUCUGUCCUUGAAGGUCAUCCCGUGCCGAGACAAGCAUUCACAGAUGUGGCCACAGGAUCGCUGGGACAAGGACUGGGGGCAGCAGCUGGAAUGGCUUAUACUGCAAAGUACUUUGAUAAGGCCAGUAACCGAACAUACUGUCUGCUCGGGGAUGGAGAGACCUCAGAAGGUUCUGUUUGGGAAGCCAUGAAUUUUGCGGGUUUUUACAAGUUGGACAAUCUUACUGCCAUCAUAGAUGUCAACCGCCUGGGACAGAGCGAACCCGCUCCUCUGCAGCACAAAGUGGAGAUCUACCAAAAACGUUGCGAGGCCUUUGGGUGGCACACUGUUGUUGUGGAUGGUCACAGUGUAGAAGAGUUGUGUAAGGCGCUCACUCAUGUGAAGAACCAACCGACUGCUAUCAUCGCCAAAACAUUUAAAGGCAAAGGGAUCUCAGGGGUUGAAGAUAAGGAAAACUGGCAUGGAAAGCCACUUACAAAAGACCUGGCUGAACAAGCCAUUAAGGAGAUCGAGAGCAAGAUCCAAAGCAAGAAGAAAUUAACUCCAGCACUUCCAGUGGAUGAUGCACCUUGUGUCAACAUCAAAAAUAUUAAGAUGGCUUCUCCUCCUAACUUUAAAUUGGGAGACAAGGUUGCCACUCGUAAGGCAUAUGGCUUGGCCUUAGCUAAACUUGGACACGCAAACGACAGAGUCAUUGCCCUGGAUGGUGACACCAAGAACUCCACCUUUGCUGAGAUCUUCAAAAAGGAGCACCCAGACCGUUACAUUGAAUGCUACAUUGCUGAACAAAACAUGGUGAGUGUUGCUGUUGGCUGCACAACUAGAGACCGUACUGUCGCCUUCGCCAGUGCCUUUGCCACGUUCUUCACCAGGGCCUUUGACCAUAUCAGAAUGGCGGCCAUCUCAGAGAGCAACAUCAACCUGUGUGGUUCCCACUGCGGGGUUUCUAUAGGUGAGGAUGGAGCUUCUCAAAUGGGACUGGAAGACUUGAGCAUGUUCCGUGUUGUGCCUUCUGCAACUGUGUUUUACCCAAGUGAUGCAGUGUCUACUGAGAAAGCCGUCGAGCUUGCUGCAAAUAAAAAAGGAAUAUGCUUUAUCAGGACAAGUCGCCCAGAGAACGCCGUAAUUUACAACAACAAUGAGGAGUUCAAAAUUGGACAAGCCAAGGUCGUACUUCAGAGCAAAGAUGAUCAGGUGACAGUCAUCGGUGCCGGUGUCACUCUGCACGAGGCACUUGCUGCAGCAGAGCAGCUCAAGAAAGAAAAAAUCCAUAUCCGAGUCAUUGACCUCUUCACCGUUAAACCUCUGGACAGACAAACCAUUCUUGACAGCGCCAAAGCCACAAAGGGAAGAAUCAUAACUGUGGAGGAUCAUUAUCAUGAAGGUGGCAUCGGAGAGGCAGUGGCGGCAGCUGUUGUUGGGGAGCCUGGCAUUACAGUGAAGUCGUUGGCGGUAUCAGGCGUUCCUCGCAGUGGUAAACCAGCCGAGCUGCUCAAACUGUUUGGCAUUGACAAAGACGCCAUCGUGGAGGCUGUGAAGAAAGCUGUUAGUUAAAGACACCCAUCUGAGGAUGGAAAUUACCGGCUUCACUGUACGACCAUACACAAUACAGUCUCCUGAGUAAUUUCAAUGUUCUUAUAAUAAAGCUCCUUCUAAAGUCUUGUAAAUGACAGAAGGCGUCACACAGAUUAUAAUCCUGCAGUCUGUGCUUUACUUUCAUAUCGUCUUCCAAGUGUCGUUUUUUACAAUUAUUCAAUGUAACGCCAGAAAACAAUAAAACAUUUUACUAUAA